AAUUAAAUCUAGAAUAAUCUAGAUAUAAGAAAUAUCUAACUGGUUGAAAAUAGUACACUAAACUAAAGAUACAUCAAAGAUGGACGAAGUGUAAUCGUUUAAUAAGAUAAACAUAAUUCUUCAGUAAGAUAAUAAAAUCCAUAAUAAAAGAUUGCUGUUAUCAAUCACGCGUUUGAUAGUAUAAGAAUGAUAAUUAUUUCGUUUGUACGGUCACGGAUAUUUCUCAAAAAGAUAAAUAUUAAUCGUGUUAAGUUUGUUUAUUGUAUACAUCUAACGAUUCAUAAUUUAUAAGACAAUUAGAUUGAUCGGAAUUCUAUAGAAAAAGUAAAAUGCUAAAUAACAUAUCUUUGUAACUGAUUUUCCUUUGCAAUGUUUGAGUUCAAAUUUUUAUCGCAAUAGACGUAUAGGAAUAUGUAUCGACGUUCAAGGAGUGUAACGAGGAAAGUGAGAUCUGGUACUUUGGAUGUACAUCCGACAGAAAAAGCUUUGGUUGUUAAUUAUGAUGUGGAAGCAUUAAUCUUGGGUGAAUUAGGAGACCCUAUGUUGGGUGAUCGCAAAGAAUGUCAAAAAAUAAUUCGGUUGAAGAGCUUGAAUGCAGAUACUAAUGUAUCACUUCUAGCUAAGGAAGUGAUAGAAAAGUGUUCUUUAAUCCAUGAGUCAAAAUUGAGAGAGGUAGAACAAUUGAUUUAUUAUCUUCAGAAUCGAAAAACAAAUGAUACUUCUACAAGUAAUGAUAAUAAUUCUCAACCUUCAAGACCAGCAUCGUCGAAUUCAAUAUCUGCUGAUAAUGGGGAAAUAGAACGUGCUAUUAUUAGUAAUGUUGAUAGUUACAUUGAAUUAUUGUACGAGGAAAUACCAGGGAAAAUUAAGGGUUCAUCACUGAUUCUACAGUUGGCAAGAGUACCUGAUAAUCUCCACGAAUUGACAAAAAAUGAAUCGUUGUUGAGUGCUUUAGCCAGAGUGUUGAGAGAGGAUUGGAGGCGUAGUAUAGAAUUGUCUACAAAUAUUGUCUACAUUUUCUUCUGUUUUUCAACAUACAGUCAAUUUCACAAUAUUGUCCUUGAAUACAGAAUUGGAUCAUUAUGUAUGGAUAUAAUUGACUUUGAACUAUGCCGAUACGAUCAGUGGAAGGAAGAUAUGGAGAAACGUAGACGUCACUUCGAGAAUACCACUGGUUUAACAUUCUUCUCAAGUGUAAAUGACAACUAUGACAAAAAGACUAAAAUCAUUGAUGACAUUUGGAAUACUGAUGGUCCUCUAGAUUAUGAAACUAAAAAACGAUCUACUGACAUUUCUGUAACUGAAAAUGAUAUCAAAAAAUUAAAAGAGGAACUUGAAAAGAGUCGCAAAAAGUUCAAAAGCUUAAUAAAAAAGCAAGAGCAAUUACUACGAGUGGCCUUUUAUUUAUUAUUAAACAUCGCUGAGAAUAUGGAAGUUGAAAGAAAAAUGCGCAAAAAGAAUAUAAUUGGCAUGUUGAUCAAGACAUUGGAUAGGACAAAUACAGAUUUAUUAAUAUUAGUCAUUGCAUUCUUGAAGAAAUUAUCCAUAUUUCGAGAGAAUAAAGAUCUUAUGGCAGAGGGAAAUAUUAUUGAAAAAGUACCAAGACUUUUACAAAAUAACAAUCCUGAUUUGGUUUUGAGUACUUUAAAACUGUUGUUCAAUCUUUCCUUUGAUACAAAACUUAGGGCAAGAAUGAUAAGAGUCGGUUUAUUACCAAAGUUAAUAAAACUUCUUGGACAAAGUGAUGUUAAAAAUAAAACAAUCAUUUUGGGAUCAUUGUAUCAUACCAGUAUGGAUGAUAAAGUAAAGGCAAUGUUUACAAAUACUGAAUGCAUUCAAAUGGUAACAAAUAUGAUUUUGAACUCCGAGGAUGAUCAACCAAAAUUAGAAUUAGUAGCUCUUGGAAUAAAUUUAGCUGUUAAUAGCAAAAAUGCCCAACUUAUGGUAGAGAAUAAUCGUUUACAAGGUCUUAUAAAAAAAGCAUUUAGAAAUCAAGAUCCUCUUAUAAUGAAAAUGAUACGAAAUAUUUCCCAACAUGAUUCUACUAAAGAGAGCUUUGUUGAAUUUGUGGGUGAUUUUGCUAUGGCCUUAAAUCAGUCGGACUCUCAAGAUUUCGUGCUAGAAGUUGUUGGCGUGUUAGGCAAUUUAGAAUUACCUGACUUGGAUUAUUCACAAAUACUUCAUCUGUGCGAUUUGAUACCGUGGAUACGUAAUAAUCUUGUUCCAGGUAAAGCGCCCGAUGAUUUAGUACUUGAGAUUGUUAUAUUUCUGGGUACAGCAGCUUAUGAUGAAGAUUGUGCACGAUUGUUAUGUAAAGCAGACAUACUACUUUCUCUUAUUGAACUCCUUAAAGCUAAACAAGAAGACGAUGAAAUGGUUUUACAAAUAAUAUAUGUUUUUUAUCAAAUAUCUAAACACGAUUCUACAAGAGAUUACUUAAUACGCGAGACUGGUAAUGAAGCGCCUGGGUAUUUGAUAGAUCUUAUGCAUGAUAAAAAUCCAGCAAUUAGGAAAGUGUGUGACGCGUGUUUGGAUGUUAUUGCCAUGUGCGAUAAAAAUUGGGCAGCUCGUAUAAAAGUGGAAAAAUUCAGAUCACACAAUCAGCAAUGGCUAGAAAUGGUCGAAUCUAUAACAAACGAUACUACUAAUCAUUUGUUACCAGAAGAAGAUGAUAGUCUUUCACCGUUUACGAAUGGUGAUCUCUUAAAACACACAAUGUUAUUUCCUUCUGGUAAUGUAUCAUCGUUUAGUGCAGACGACAGAUUUUCAAUAAUGAAAAAUUCUUCAGAAUCUUCUGAAAAUCAAAGUCGACCGGUUAGUAGGUUCAAAGAUUUUGAUGAGUUAGGCGAACUUAUGGCUCGUUCGAAAUCUCGUAUGUCUGUUGGUUCCGGGAUCGAAGAUCUCUAUUAUAAUUCCAAAGUGAAAUUUGCCGAAUCGGACAGUUCGCACGUGUUAAUAUGAAAACUAAAUCAAGUCUUAAUGGAUUAUCGGCUAGCGAUGAUAAGAACUUCAAUUCUUGUUUAAGAUCGUAUUAUCUUUCCAUAUAAAUGUGCAUAAUGAUGCAUGUAAUAGUUGCUUCGUUUGUUUGAGUUUUAAUUAUAAUUAUAAAAAUUUAUUGAAGCAUUUCAAUAUCUUAACUUUCAUUUGAACUUUGCGUUGAUCGUGCAAAUAAACAUAAUGGCAACACUUACAUGGAUCACUUUCUAUUUAAUUAUUUACAGGAAGAUACUAAAAAGCUUUAAAAAGUAUAAGUGAUAAGAUACUUCGAUCUCAUAGAAUUAACAAAACAGCAAACUAGACGUGUGCGGCAACCUUUAUAAGAAUCACUUUGUAUUUAUUUAUUUAUUUAUUUGCAAAGGAAUUUUUAGGAAGCUUUAAUAAUUAUGUACACGGAUAAGUUAUUUUGAUCUCAUAAUGCAGUAUAUCUUAAGCUUUAUUUAUUAUAAGUUAAAUUAAUUUACAUGCGAACGCUCAAUUUAGAUUGAUUUCUAGUCUCGUAAUUUUACAAAACAAUUAAUAUAAUUAAUAAUGUGAUGAUCUUUUCCACUUUGUAAGUUUAGUAUGUGCAAUAAUGUGACACCACGACUAAUUUUAGCAUAAUUUUCGUAAUAAUGUAAUAGUACAUAAAUGCUUUCGCGGCACAGCAUUUAUUAAGCAUUUACUUAGUCAAAGAAAAAUAAUUUAAAAACCCCAUAGUCAAAGUUAAUUUAUACAAUCUAUUUUAUACUAUAAUACCAGAAAGCCUUUAGCGAGUGCUUCGUUUCAGUUUAAUUAUUGAAUACACAUUCCAACACACUUAACUUUUGCUUACUUCUUUGCAAAAAAUAUCGAUGUAAAGUGAUGUUAUAUUAAAUCAAAUGUUACUCACGAUCGUUUAUUAUUCUCUAUAUCAUAAUAAAUGAUAACGUAAAUUGCAAAA